GCACCAACCAUACAUUAGUAGUAUAUAUGAUCACUUAAAUUAAGUUUUAUGUUUAGCCUCGCUUCUGUCAUUGUUGGUUCCUUAAAAGUCCAAACACAAAUUAGAGCCCGGCCCGAAAGGCGCGAUAUUAUAUUAUACUCCAGUACAAGUUUGGGAUACUAAAGAUUUGACUCUCCUAAAAAAAAAAAAAAACUCCUCUUUUGUCUCCGCAAUAUCGCCGUCAACAACGCCUCCUAUUGUUGUUACUGCUUCGCGGACUCACGCAGAUUACAAGACGAUCUCACCGCGGGUUCUUCCUCCCUGCGGGUGUUACGUAAAGAGCAACAGCCCAUGCCUCCCAAGCAGAAAAGAAAGUUGAACAUAGAUCUGAAUAAAGAUCCAAAUGAAGAUGAUGAGAGUGGGAAUGUGGAUUUGAUAAGUGGGUUACCUGAUGAUGUGCUGAUCUUGAUGUUGUCCUUAGUGGAUAUAAAAACAGCAGGAAGAAGUAGCCUUGUUUCCAAGAGGUGGAGACAUCUCUGGACUAACCUAAUGGAUCUUGAUUUCGACAACCCCGAAACCAGUGCUAUUGCAAAUGCAAUGAUUAUAUCAUUUACUUGUGCAAGCUAUGGGCAACCCGAAAUGGAUAAUUAUGUUAAAUGUGUUAACCAGGUUAUAAAUGCAAGUGGAGCUCCAUAUCUUAAAAACUUCAGUAUACAUUUUCCCCUGGGCAUAUUUUAUGCUGCUCAUAUUGAAAAUUGGGUCAGAUUUUCCUUGAGUAAAAAGGUUCGCAAUUUGGAGAUCAAUUUGAUGACAGCUUAUUCAAGAAUCCUUUUUUCUAACAUAAUUACUACCAACCCUGCCAUGGUUGUGAAUACUACGCUUGAAUCGCUUCUCUUAAGUUACAUCACUAUAGAUGUACCUCUGCUUGAAUGGGUACUAUCUAACUGUGUUAAUCUUCAGCGUCUAUCGCUUCAUUGCUGCAAGACCAGGUCUCACACCCCUCCUAAACACCCAAAACUUGUUGUUACAUCUCUUAAGCUCAAACACUUGGAGAUUUUUUCCUGCUUCAGACCUCUCAACAUCCAAGCACUCCAUAUCUUUGCUCCAAAUCUUACUUCUUUUGUAUUUUUUGAGACUAUUAUUGAUGUGGAGUAUCAUAACGUUACAUCAUUGGUGGAUGCUUCUUUUGGACGGAUACAUUGCCGUCACAUUUUCCAUAAUUUAGACAUCCUAUCUGGCUUCUCUUCUCAACUCGAAAAACUCUCAAUUGAGUGGUCCAUGGUACGCUCUGCAUCUGGUGGAUUUCCAACUUUUGUUAAUGUUAAGCAACUGGAGGUUUUUUAUUGCCAAAGUGAUGGCGAAUGUUUUUCCUUGGCCUCUUUGAUUGAGGCAUGUCCUUUGUUGCAUACAUUUAAAUUAAAGCUACCCCUGUAUAGGAGCUUGUUCGAAGGGACAAAUUCAGCCCCGAAGGAUGCUCAAGUUAAUGCAAUACGUUCCCACCAACACCUUAAGACUAUAGAGUAUGUUGGCUAUGGUGGGUGUGCAAGUGCUUCCAAGCUUGCACUUUUUCUAACAUGGCACGCUUCUAUGGUUAGCAAGUUUAUUUUUGAUCCUCAUCGACCCUUAUAUGUAGGAAAACGAACCAGUGUGUAUAGCAGUGUGGAUAAGGAUAAAUUGAAAAUUGCGAGAAGCUCUGCUGAGCUGCUUGCGAAACAAAUUCGAAGAGGUAUUGAUGUGGUGAUUUUGUGAUGGGAUGUUUUGAAUCGUUUUAUGCUUCAGAAUAUUAUGUGACUGAGGCGUUUGGGAAUAAUUUUGCAUUUUGUCUGAAAUUUACCCAGAACCUUUGGAAUUAUAAUUUAUCUCAAUGAGAUGUACACUUUGCUCUCUAGUCUUUGAAACACUUUCUGUUUUGACAUUUUUAUAGUCCA